AACUCAUGUAUCUCUCCAGAUUUAUGACAAAGACUAAAGUGACGAAGAUGAUCACUCCAUUGCAGAAGGCACAGAUGGUGAUUCCUCAUAAGCACCGCUUUGAGAAGCCUGGAGCAAGCGAGAAAGAUAUUUACUUCAGUCAGCAAGAAAGAAAUGUAUUGAGAAAGCUUCUGCUCAAGAUGGAGUCUGAGGCUGAGAAGCAUACCUCUGCUUCUAUUGAAUCUGAUAGUGACGACCAUCAUUUUGUCCCAACCAGUGAACUAAAGAAGAAGACUCAAACCAAGAAGGUGGAGGACAGUGGCCUCAGAAAGAUAUUCGAAACUCAUGGAAUCUCUCCAGAUCCCGAACUUUUGAAACAACUAGAACAUUGGAGAAAGAACUAAAAUUGGUGAAAUUAAGAACUAAUUUUGAUGAAUUUACCAAAAAUAU